UGCGCGUGUGGUCCUGGGAAGCGAUAGCGCCGAGCAAACAUUAGCGCCUUUAUCACGGCGACGCUCCUGUUUUAAGGAGCUCGGCAUCCCGAGGGGCCCAGUUCUACACACCCCUGUUGGUGUCAACACACGUGUCGCAGACCACAUCUGUUAUGAAGACGUUGUUGAUCCUAGGGCUGCUCUCAGCCUUGGCCGCUGGCCUGCAUGCUGCCCCGCUGCCGGACGACCGGGAGGUGCCAAACAGCCUCCUGGAGCUGAUGGAGGCGCUCCGGGAGCGACGCCCGGACCUGGCCGACAAGAUCGAGAGGCACAUCGAGCGCUCGCAGUACUGGCGCCGCGGGGACAAACAGGACAGGCCGGCGCGUGGACACCACGGCCAUGACCGUGAACACGACCACGACAGCAGGCCAAGCCACGACCACAACCACGGCCACGGCGACCAUGGCCACGGCGACCAUGGCCACGGCGACCAUGGGCACCGCGACCAUGGUCAUCACCACAGACCCACCCCGCCCCCAAGGCCAACCCGACCAACGACGCCGAAAGACGACUGCAAUAAUUCAGACAGUGACUCCUCAGGAGAUUCAUCGGGGUGCUCUAACGAGUCUAGCGGCUCCGGAUCAGAUUCGGGUGAGUCUGAGGAGACUACUCUUCCACCAUCCAGUCCAACUGCCGCUCCCCAGGAACCGUCCCCAAGCCCAUCUGCUGCACCUGAGAAUCCUUCCCCCAGCCCAUCUGCCGCCCCCGAAGAACCGUCCCCGAGCCCAUCUGCUGCUCCUGAAGAACCAUCCCCCAGCCCAUCUGCU